UGUCAAAGUGUUAGCUGUAAUUAUGGGAAUAAACAAAGACUUGAGGGCAGCUUCUUGUUGAAGGAUCAUCACGUUUUGAUAACUCCGGGGGCGCCAUUAAUACCCGAUGGCCCCUCCCUGCAUGCCGUACUUUGUUCGUUUUCCGUAAGGCCUGAUCAGUACUCACCCUCGAUUUAAUCUCACUCAUCUUAAUCAAUGGAGGAAAAUCUUCCUCCAGGGUUUAGGUUCCACCCCACGGAUGAAGAGCUCAUCACUUAUUAUCUGAGUAACAAAGUCUCCGACUUCGACUUCACCACAAGGGCUGUUGCUGAUGUUGAUCUUAAUAAGUGUGAGCCGUGGGAUCUCCCUGCAAAAGCGUCAAUGGGAGAAAAAGAGUGGUACUUUUUCAGCCUGAGGGACCGAAAGUACCCGACGGGGCUGAGGACGAAUCGAGCGACCGAGGCAGGGUACUGGAAGACGACAGGCAAAGACAAGGAGAUUUUCCGUGGGAACGUAUUGGUCGGGAUGAAGAAAACCCUGGUUUUCUACAGGGGUAGAGCUCCCAAGGGUGAGAAGACCAACUGGGUUAUGCAUGAAUAUCGACUCCAAAACAACCUUGCUUUCAAACCCACUAAGGAGGAGUGGGUUGUUUGCAGAGUCUUCCAGAAGAGUUCGACGGUGAAGAAACCUCAACAGACACCUUCAUCACCACCAUCACAAGACUCUCCUUGCGACACCACCGCAAUGGUUAACGAACUUGGAGACAUUGAGCUACCAAAUUUCGGCAGCAUGGGCAUGGCCCUCCCGUCAUCACCCAACAUCGCCCUACAAAACUACAACAGUGGCACUAACAUGAUGAAUUGGAAUGCUGCAACAGAAGCAGCAGCAGCUGUUUCCAACUCUCUUCCAUCGCUGACAUGGCCGUUGCUGAGCACUAAUCUUUCCAUGAACUCUUUGCUUCUCACAGCAUUGCAGCUUAGAGGGCAUCAGCCCAGAGCAGCGGCUGAUAACUACUCUUUUAUGCCGCAAGGGAGUGUUUCUCAGUUGGGGAACGAGUUCGUCUCGAAUUUCAAUAUGGGGUCUAGCUCUAGGGUUCUUGAUUCAGUUCCCCAGCAGCCACCAUCGGAGCAACCAUAUGAUGUGGACUCUAAUAUUUGGUGAAGUCUCGGAACACGUAUCAAAUUUAAUUUCAUGCAGUAGUACAGAAAUGGGAAAUAGGUAGGUGAUGGGCAAAGUCCAUUUCCUGAAUAAGUACUCAAGGUGCAUACAUAAUAAUGAUCACAAUUGUAGGAUAGUUGGAAAAAGCAUGUGUAGAUUCUAUGUUUUUCGUAUCUUAAUUCGAUUUAGGGGUAAGUAAGCUUCAAAAGCUACCAUAUGUAAUCCAAAUAUAUAUGAACUCUAUGAUGCAAAAUCUUGUAUACGUGUCA